AUCUGACGACCUGCAGCUUCACCUUUUCUCUUGCACCCACCUGUGCCAUCAUUACAAUCAUCAAAGAUGGCCUCGCAAAUAACAGAAAAGCAGCCUCUCCUCCCAACCACAGACGCCUCCACCGAGCCCGAAGUCGAACGCUCCCUCUCCGAACUCCAACAAGAUGUCUUCGCCGCCCAACGCCGCUACAUGAAAGCCUGGUCCCGCACAACAAGCGGCACCUGGCACAAACGCAUUAUGUUUUCCGUCACAGGCCUCCUGCUCACCUUCAUGGCCCUCAUGCUUACUCUCAUCGCAUUCGACACCUUCGACGACGACUCUUCCUGGCCCUACGAUGGAAUCACUCGAGUUCCACUAGAAGCCCACAUCAUGUCCAAAUGUCCCGAUGCGAAAGACUGUCUCCACGAUUUGAUCUUACCUGCGAUGCAGAAAGUCUCUGAUAAAGUGGAUUUCCGCCUGUCGUAUAUCGGGUCGAUCACGGAUCAUGAUGAUGGGGUGAAGUGUAUGCAUGGGCAGGAGGAGUGUUUGGGAAAUAUUAUUGAGUUGUGUGCGGCGCAUUUGUAUCCGGAUCCAAAGAUCUACCUCGGAUUCACGAUGUGUUUGACGAGAGAGUAUCAGAAGAUUCCAGAGCGAGCUUUGCUGGAAGACUGUGCUCUGGAGCAUGGUAUCGACUUUGAGCGUGUCAACAAAUGCACCAGCAACGACGACGGCGAGCUUGCCGUAAAGCGGUUACAGGCCAGCUUCAACCACUCGGCAUCAGUGGGCGUCACCAAAAGCUGUACCGUUCGCCUCAACAACGAAAUCCGCUGCAUUCGAGAUGGCGGGAAAUGGACAGAUUGUGAGGGAGGCUCUCAGCCAUCUGAUUUGGUACGAGAUAUUCUCGAUCUCUCUUCUUCAUUCUACUGA